AUGACAGGCUGCUCCGGCGGUGUGGCAUUUGUGCUUUCUUUCGCCUGGAGAGCGUUGAAUGGAAUGAUACUUCCCGAUCUAGUAUGUUGGAUGGAUAAGACCCAUGGGUGGACAUCCAUCUUGGGAAGCAGCCUUGGCGGAAAUUCCAUAGACUCUUCCCAGGGGAGCGUCAAUCAACCGGUGCCCGACUCCCCGGAGCCUGUUGCCCCUGCAGCGCCUCUUAAUCCUGAGGUUGCUCAGCCCGACGAAGAUAGGCUGCAGGAGCUAAACGACCGCCUCCACAUCAAUUCUAUAAACCUUCAAUUGACCACGGAGCAGCAUGAGUCUAUUUUAGAAACCCAGCUAGAAAUUGAAAAACAAAUAGAAAGAGCUCUGCUUUCCGAUGGAUAUUCCAGGGAAUCCUUGAUUGCAAAGAGACAUCAGAUAAGGGGUCUUUUGUUUUACCCAAGAGGGACCCCUUUUUCUGAAUCUACCUACUUACAAUAUCUUAACCAAAUCGGAAACAAUGGGGUGCACCACAGCAUUCCCUAUCGCCGUAUUAUCGAAGCAAUCGAGAAGAAUGAUCUAUUUAUAGAAUAA